AUGGCAAGACUGCUCACUGGAAAAUUCGCAGUUGUUACUGAUGGAGCCAAGCACACCGCAUUCGGAUGUGAUGUUGCACAGAGUGCUGAAGUGAAAUCGUUGGUCGAUUUUGCACUGAAGACAUACAACAGCCCGCCUGCGAUUGUUGUCAACAAUGCCGGUAUUAUCCGAGAUGCACCGAUUUUGGAUAUGACUGAGGAGCAGUUCGAUGAGGUUGUUGCCGUCAACCUCAAAGGAGUUUAUCUGGUUGCUCAAGCAUUCGCCCGGGCUGCAAUUCAGCAAAAAACUCCUCAAUCAAUCAUCAAUAUGGCAUCAAUCCUCGGCAAAGUGGGUGCAUCUGAAAGAGCCAACUAUGCGUCAACAAAGGUAAACGAGUGUAUUUCAUCACUACGACCGUCUUCGUGA